UUCCAUUAUCAUAAUAUGUUGAAUCAUAGAAUAGAAAAAUGAUUUAUUUCAAACACGCCAUAAUGCAUAAAGUUAUCAUGAAUGCUUUUAAAUAUAUUCCUUGAAAAGUUACGGUACUUUCAACAUAAAGGGUUAAUUCUGACAGUUCCACGUAUUGACCGCUAAUUGCUUUUUAAUGCCCUUUCACAAUAUUCUUCUCCCUCCACAAUACCUUACCAUUUAAGUGCAGGACGGAGUCCUUUGGCUUCAGUAUAACUCUUGAAGUUUCGAAGUGCAGCAUUUUUUCUUGAGUGUGAUUUCGGUCAAUCUUAAAUUUGUGUUUUGAGAACUUGUUGGACAAACAAAAUUUUGCAAUAUGCCACGACUUGUGUCACGAGCAACUACAAGGAAGCACAUCAUGAGGGAAGUGUAUGACUACUCACCACCUGCCGAAAAUCAGCAAAUAGUGAAAAUAACGGCCAGCAAAGGGAACAAUCUACACGAAAUAGAGACCGCUGAUAAAACCAGAUUUCUUGUGUCCAUGCCAAUGAGAUACCGCCACUACAUGUGGGUUAAACGUGGUAGUUUUGUCAUAAUACAACCUAUUCACGAAGGUGUUAAGGUCAAAGGUGAAAUUGUUAGAGUUUUGAUCCCCCAACAAAUAAAGAAUUUCAAGGAAGACAAAAUAUGGCCUGCUGCGUUCUAUGACAAACAAGAAUUGGAGGAGAGUGAUGAUGAUAAUGACGAUGAUAUCCCAAUGAAUACUAACAGAGUACAAGCAAUGAUCGAAAUUUACAGUGACAGUGAUUCCAGUGAAGAUGAUCCUAGUGAUAACGAUCAGAGUGACGAUGAUGAUAGUGUUGGUGAAACGUAACCACCUUCGUAAUUACUUAUUCGAAAACUUGUAUAGAAUGUAAAUAUAAUUAAGGAAUUGCUAAUUAAUAAAUUUUUCUGAAAAUCUCCAAA